AUGUCGGUGGUGUAUCAAGCUUUGUGCACCUUUAUUGUAUGCUUCAUCCGCAUGAGUCUCAUCAUCUCCUUCUCAUGGCCUGCCUUCACGACCAGCCUCUUCAACUCCGAGGACACGCCUCUACACCGGCCUAUGACGGGAUUCGAAGCAGCGAUAUACGGCAGCGUGUUGUCUAUUGGUGCAAUGAUCUUCAUCCCUAUUAUGGGAUUGCUGCUCGACGUGUUGGGACGAAAGAAAUGCAUGAUGUUGGCAGCGAUGACGCAUGUGCUAGCUUGGGCCAUCAUGGUGAUGACCAACCGCGUGGAAGCGCUGCUGGCGGCCAUGUUCAUCGCGGGCAGCAGCGUCGCCAGCUUCCUGGUCAUCCCCGUCUACAUCGCAGAGAUCUGCCAGCCGUCCGUGCGCGGCACCAUGACGUCCUGCAUGAUGCUAGCUUAUGGGCUGGGCAUGCUGGUGUCAUUCUUAUUAGGUGGAUAUCUACAGUACAAACUGAUGUGCUACGUGUGCUUAAUUGUCGCUGUGCUAGGAGCCGCCUUAACUCUGAUACUGAAAGAGUCACCGGUAUUCUUAAUGAAGAAGGGAAGAGAGGAAGAAGCUAUGCAAGCUGUCGCGUACUACAGAAAUACUAAUAAAGAAUCCAAAGUCGUGAGGCAAGAGAUUGAUAACAUUAGAAAAACUUUGGGUGGAGUGGAAGCAGUGCCAACUAAAGAAGAAGAAAAACCAGAGACACCUGUGGAGAAAGUGUCGUUUUGGCUGUUUUUCAAAAGGUCAAGAUCAACGAAAAAAGCUUUUACUUUAGUGAUGAUGCUCCUAACAUGUUCAAUAUUCCAUGGUUAUGUCGCCGUGUGCGUGUACGCAGGGGACCUGUUUAAGGAAGCUGUGCCGAGCUUGUCGCCAGUGAUGUGCAGCGUGCUGAUGGCACUCAUAUCCAUCGUAGCGAAUUUGCUGUCUACGUACUUGAUUGACGUGCUUGGGCGGAGACCUCUCAUGAUGUACUCUUCACUGGGCUCGGGCGUGUGCUGCGUACUGCUAGGCUCGCAGAUCCAGCUACACUGGGGCCCACAUGUCAUGACGGCUGUGGUCAUCCUCCUGUUCUGCUUUAUCUACACUGUGGGCGCUGGUGCGGUGCCGUUCGUGAUGGCAGCUGAAGUCUUUCUACCAGAAGUUUCCAGCAUACUGUCUAUGGCAGCAUACGAGCUGACAAUGAUCUGCACCGUCGUCGUCCUCUUCGCGUUUUCUCCCCUCAUCGCAUUACUCGGACUUGGCGGACUUUUCUACAUAUUCGCCGUUGUCUGUUUCUCUACAGUGGGUUACGCAGCGUAUUUCUUACCGGAAACUAAAGGAUUGACGGUGGACGCUAUACAAACGUUGUUCUGAUUUUAUCUGAUUUUUUUUUCCAGAUUUUUGUAAUUAAUUAAAUAGGUUUUU